CGUAUCACAGUAUGUAGACACAAAGGAGAGAAGAAAUAGCGAGCGCUAAACGGGAAAAAUUUCUCACAACGACGACGACUGCAAUUUUGAAGAAUGACGGUGAAAGUUCGCGCGUUGUCAGCUGCAGCGCUCACGCAUCUUUACGCUACUUGCUCUAUUAGCGCGCUUCCUAUUACUCGAGUUUGUUUUUCGUCUCGAAUUUUCCGUAUGCAUUUCUGCGAACCAGAUUAGCCCGUCUAUAAUUGGCAAACCGGCGUAAAGAGAGUAAUGACUUAAUUGGGGUGAUGGUCCAAUGGGCGCUUAUUCGAGUAAUAAAAUCGCUCUUUCGCAACGACACAGUAUAGAUGUGCGCGUGUGUCGAGCAGUAUAAGUGAUCGUCCCGAGGGUGUAAACGCUUAGAGAGUUGCCGAAGAAGACAUAACGCGGGAGAAAAAUCGGGUCGAGUGCUCGGGCCAGCUGUUUUUUGCCGAUCGCAUCGUUCGAGCCAAAGGCUCACGCACGCGGAAGACGCGGAGCGUCAGGUUGUGAAGCCGAGGUGACGAGGAGAGAUGCCCCGGAGGAGAAAGAAGCCGUGAUGGUAGGGAGGAAAUUCGAGUGUGCCGAUCUCCCAAACAAGCGCGCUCGCGCGAGAGAAAGAGAAAGAGUCAAAGAGAAAGAGAGAGGGAGAUUUGCAAUAGCUCGCGCUCGUCGCAUCUCAUAGGUGAUGGGUCGAGUGGGGCCCGUCGCUGGUAUAAAAGGGGCCCGCAGCUCGACAACGGAGCAUCAGUCCUCUCAAAUCUGAAAAAGGAACAGCAGCAACCAUGAGGGCAUUCAUGAUCUUGGCGCUCGCCACCGUGGCGAUGGCUCGGCCGGAGGCCCCGUACUCCUACCCCCAGCCAGGCGGCGGAAUCCCAAGCGGAAGCUACGGAGCACCAGGAGGCGGUAGCGUCGGCGGAAGCAUCGGCGGCUUCGGAGGCGGCGGUCACGGAGGCAGCAUCGGCGGAGGCUCAGGCUUCGGAGGCGGCGGUCACGGAGGCAGCAUCGGCGGAGGCUCAGGCUUCGGAGGCGGUGGUCACGGAGGCUCCGGCUUCGGCGGCGGUAGCAUCGGCGGCGGCUCUGGAUUCGGCGGCGGCGGCGGCGGCUCCGGAUUCGGCGGCGGCAGCUCCGGCGGCACCCUCAUCCAGAAGCACAUCUACGUCCACGUGCCCCCACCAGAGGCACCAGAAGAGAGGCCCAUCAGACAGUUCGCCCCCUCUGCCCCGGCCCAGAAGCACUACAAGAUCAUCUUCAUCAAGGCCCCGACCCCACCAACCCCCACCGCCCCGGCAAUCCCUGCCCUGCCCGCUCAGGACGAGCAGAAGACCCUCAUCUACGUGCUGGUCAAGAAGCCCGAGGAGGCCCCAGAAAUCAGCCUGCCCACCAUCGCACCCACCCAGCCCAGCAAGCCCGAGGUCUACUUCAUCAAGUACAAGACCCAGAAGGACGGCGGUAGCUCCGGCGGAAUCGGCGGCGGACUCGGCGGAAUCGGCGGAGGAAUCGGCGCUGGACACGGAGGACUGGACGGCGGACUCGCUGGUGACAGCGGUCUCGGCGGCGGUCUUGGCGGCGGUCUCGGCGGCGGUCUCGGCGGCGGCCACGGUGGAUCCUCCUCCGGCAGCAUCGGCUCCGGAUCCAGCGGCCCGAGCGGAAGCUACGGACCCCCCGGAGGCUCCGGUCCCUACUAGUCAAUUCACCAUCAACCACUUGUCCUCCCGGCACACACACACCACACAAACACACCCUACACACACACACCACAAGACACAAGAUGAA